GUGCUUAAUGAAAAACUUUUGAUGAUUUGUUUUCCUGAAGACCACUCGAUGUCACUGUUGCUCCAGUAUUCGUGUAGCAGAUUAAGUCCUGCCCUUGAUGAUGAUGCGAAACGGGCUUUAUUGUUCUUCACAUUCGCGAACUGAUGAACAGUAUGACGGUAACAGACUAUGCGAACUGUAAUAACAGUGGAUUAAUUUUAUUUCGCACGAUGUAUCAAGCAUUACAUUGUGGCAUCUAAUCAUCCAGAAUAUACGGAUCAUUGGACUAACGUUGCGGUGAACAGUCGCAAUGGAAGCCAAAGGACAAAGGCGAGGAUAUGAGCGCUGGCGGAUUUUUCUGUGUUUCUCUUUGCUUGUGUGCUUUGGACAGCAGGUUUCAGCGCAGAUUAGAUAUUCUCUUCCAGAAGAGAUGAAAGUGGGAUCUGUCGUCGGAAAUUGUGCUAAGGAUUUGGGUCUUGAUGUCACUACAUUGGCGGACAGAAGGUUUCGUAUUGUGUCUGGAUCUAAUGACGGUCUUUUCCAGGUAAAUCAGAACAAUGGCAUCUUGUAUGUGGAUAAGCACAUUGAUAGAGAAGAGGUGUGUGAUGGAAAUAGCGCCUGCUUGAUUAAUUUGAAAAUAGUUGUCGAAAAACCUCUCGAAGUCCGUUAUAUUGAGGUUGAAAUCACAGAUGUAAAUGAUCACUCUCCUUCUUUUCACGAUAAAGACUUCUAUCUAGAGAUUUGGGAAAACACUGUAACUGGAACACGAUUCGAACUUCAAACUGCUCGGGAUCUGGAUGUGGGAGUUAAUUCAGUCCGCCAUUACCAACUGAGUAAAAAUGCGCAUUUUGACUUGGAAAUUAAAGAUAGUGUUUAUGGAGAUAAAACACCUUUCUUAAUAUUACAGAAACCAUUAGACAGGGAAUUCACUGAAAUACACAGGUUGCUACUAACUGCAGUAGAUGGCGGAAAUCCACCUAAAUCGGGCACUCUUAAUAUCACGGUCAUUGUUCUCGACGUAAAUGAUAACCGACCUAUAUGCAAUAGCGAUACCUUGACGAUAACAUUGCGUGAAAAUGCAAUUGUUGACACUGUAGUGAUAAUUAUGAAUGCAAGUGAUGCGGAUAGUGGUUUAAAUGGUGAAGUAGAAUAUGCAUACGGUAGAAACAUGAAACCAAAAAUACAUGAAAUAUUUCAAUUAGAUCGCACGACUGGUGAAAUACGAGUUAGAGGCUUAAUUGACUUUGAAGAAAAUGAAAUCUACAGUUUGAUGAUAAGAGCCUCAGACAAGGGUCUUCCUCCUCUGAACACCGAUUGUCAGCUCAUCAUUAAAGUUGAAGAUGUAAAUGACAAUAAACCAGAAAUACAAGUAACAUCUCUUUCAAAUGUAGUUUCGGAGGACGCCAAAAUUGGAACUGUUAUUUCUCUCAUAAGUGUAAGUGACAAAGAUUCUGGGAUCAAUGGAAAAGUUGUGUGUAGUCUAUCUGACAGUGUGCCAUUUGAGUUAAAACCGUCUGUUCAAGAUAACAUGUAUUCCCUUGAAACAAAAGAACGUUUAGACCGAGAGUUAGUGUCCGAAUACAAUAUAAAAAUAACAGCAACAGAUUUAGGUGAACCUUCUUUGUCAGCAUAUAAAACAAUGUUUGUACAGGUGUCAGAUGUUAAUGAUAAUGUCCCACAAUUUUCGUCAAAUCCUCUAGAGCUUUAUUUAACUGAAAAUAACCCUUUAGGUGCUUCUAUAUUUUCUGUCAGUGCAUCAGACAGAGAUAUUAAUGAAAAUGCUGCCAUAACUUAUCAUAUAAUUAGAGAUGGUGGUAUACAGAACGAUAUGGCAACUGCUAUGAAUAUAAAUUCGGAGACGGGUGUUAUUCACGCACUAAAGAGCUUUGACUUUGAAACUGUUAAAAGGUUCCAGUUUCACAUACUUGCAACAGACUCUGGAGCUCCAUCUCUGAGCAGUAACGUGACAGUGAAGGUGUUUAUUCUGGAUCAGAACGACAAUAUUCCAGUGAUCUUGUAUCCAGUCAGCGCUAACGGUUCUGCUGAGGGUGUGGAAGAGAUUCCCCGUAAUGUGAACGCAGGUCAUUUGGUGACUAAAGUCAGAGCCUAUGACGCAGAUAUAGGAUACAACGGCUGGUUAUUAUUUUCACUGCAGGAAGUUAGUGACCACAGUCUCUUUAGUUUGGACCGCUAUACAGGACAGAUAAGGACCCUUCGCUCAUUCACAGAAACAGACGAAGCCCAGCAUAAACUGAUCAUUCUGGUCAAAGACAAUGGAAACGUUUCUCUCUCAGCAACAGCGACUGUGAUUGUCAAAGUUGUGGAGCCCAAAGAGGCUUUUGCAGCUUCUGAUGUGGAAAACGCAGUAAAAGACGAGGAGGAAAACAACGUGACAUUUUAUUUGAUCAUCACUUUGGGCUCAGUUUCAGUGCUUUUUGUCAUCAGCAUCAUCGUGUUGAUUGUAAUGCAGUGCUCUAAAUCGACAGACUAUUCGUCGAAGUAUGUGCAGGAACCAAAUUACGACGGGACUCUGUGUCACAGCAUCCAGUACAGAUCUGGAGACAAGCGGUACAUGUUAGUUGGACCCAGAAUGAGUAUCGGCUCUACUUUAGUCCCGGGCAGUAAUGGAAAUACUCUAGUCAUACCAGAUCGAAGGAGGAGAGAUUCUGGAGAGGUAAGAAUGGCAGGUUCAUACUAAUUACAGCUACUGUUUUGCUGUGCUUUUGUUAUACAUUAUAGUUUUAAUUUAGGCAAUAUGUUAUACCUUUAC